GAGAAAACAAAAUAGAGAAACUCAUUAGGUCAAGAAAGUGAGUAUUUGCAACUUUUUCAGUAUUUGUUCGGCUAACUUGAUAAACAGAAAAAAAAAUCUCAAUCUAGUGGCGUCCUUCUUUCGCACUUGAAAUCAUCAGGACGGAGAGAUGGCCUAUAGUAUUGUUGACAAUCUCUUGAAGUGUCUGGAUUGUCUAGACUGUCAUGAAGACUCAUCUCCUUCAACGAAGGAUCAAAUCCGUACGCUUAAAAUGGAUUUAAGACUUAUCAGGACAUUCCUUAUGUGUUCAGCUUGUCGGUACAUUGAGGAUAGUGAAGCAAAAAAUGUGUUGAUGCAAGUGGAAACUUUGGUGCAAAAUGCAGAAUCAGAUUUUCAAUCUCUCUAUGUUAAGAGUAAAGACGGAAACAUGCCUACUCACAUGGCUCUACUGUUUUCCAAUGCCUUGGAAAAGAUUAAUAGUUUGAAAGCAGAAGUUACACAAGUCCAUGCAACUGUUUUAAGUUCAACAUUUUCUGAUUCACUUAGUUGUGACAAAUUUGUGGCGGAGUUUGCUGAUUGCCUCAUGGAGAAUCUGAAGUAUCUAAGGGAAUAUAUUGCGGAUGAUUUGCCUAUGAAUCGGAAAAUUAUAACUCUUGAAACAAAGAUAAUAUUCCUGAAGAAUUUCUUAAGGUUUGUAGCGAAGCUGUCUGUUGAAAAUGAGAAAUUUCAAGAUCUAUUGACUCAUGCAUUGGAUGUGAUCAGUGAUGCAGCACAUCUAUCUUAUAGGUGUUUUACUGGGAAUGCAAGUGAACCAGAUGAAUGUGGAGUUGUUAAUGAUGUCGUUUCCAGCUUGGUUCGACGAAUCAUUCCUAUCAACUGUAAUGUCAUUCAUUAUUAUAUUCCCUGUCAGAAGAACAAUUUAGCUGUGGAAGAACUUGAUGCUGGUUUUGUUGAUUUUCUACUGGACACUCUUGCGGAACUAGUAAGUUAUAAGAUCAGCCUUGGGGAUUUUACAACCUAUAAUAUCAAUGACCUUGUUGAGGACUUGAUAUUUCUGAAAAAUUACCUCUCAGAUCUUCCGGACCGGUAUCCUGAGCUGGUAAAGUUGAUCCUGAUACAUAUUGCAUCAAUCGCCCGUAAUAUGGCUCCCUCGAUUUUCUUCCUUUACACAGAUGGUGUGAAAGACGAAGUUGCUAGACAUAGUACCGGGCGACUUGCCUUUUUGCAGGAAGAAAUUAAUCUUAUCAAGGCAGAGGUGCAUCUCAUGAGUCUCCCAGGACCUAGGUGGAUGACUACUCUGAAGGAUCGAAUUCAAAUUCUUUAUGAAGAAGUGGUGUUUCUGCAAGCUCUCCUUAAUGCACCAGACGACUGCCGUUCUCUUGGAAGUGAACAAAAUGUUUUGUUUACACAAGGCCAGGCUACAGUAAUGAUGGUCGGAUCACUUAUUAUGGCACUCAGUAAUAAGGAAUCAGACGAAGACAUGCUGAACAAAAUGGAGUUAGCUACUUCUAUUUUUCUAGAAAGAACUAGAAUCAUGAAGAGAGUGGCUAGAGAGAUUUUUGGAAGAGGUCCAUCGAAAUUCCCCAAGACUAAUUUCCUAGGCUAUCUCAAAUCCUUCUUAGGAAAUCUGAAAGAUCUCCUCCUCCAUAAAGCUGAUCGGGUUCCUUUCCCGAAACAUCAUAUUGCUAGAGUGCAUGACGCGUUAGAGUAUCUUGAGAAAAAACUCUGGGAUGUUAUCAGGCAGAAAAAUGAGCAUCCACAGCUAAAGCAUCUAAAGGAACGUGUCAUGCAAGCGGCCUACAAGGCAGAAUAUGCUAUUGACUCAUUUUUAGUUGGGGAUCGCAACAUUUGGUGUAGUGUGGCUGAGAUGUCUGAUGUUGUAGAGCAACUUGAGGUGAUUCAGGCAGAGUUCAGUGACAUAUCUAGAACAGUAAAAUUUGAAACAGUUUGUGAUGUUCAAGUGGGUUCCAGCUGUGUAUUAUCACGAACUAAUGCUCCAACGCUCAACGAUGAUGUAGUGGUGGGUUUCAAUGAUGUGGAAGAAAAGAUCAUUGAUGGCCUUACCAGAGGGAUGACGGAGCGUGAUGUAAUUUCAAUUGUUGGCAUGCCUGGACUUGGCAAGACGACUCUUGCAAAGAAAGUGUUCAAUGAUGAAAAGGUUCUCAAUUACUUUGACAAACGUGCAUGGUGUUAUGUUUCUGAAGUAUACAAAAACAAAGAGUUGCUUUUGGAGAUUUUAUCCCAAGUUCUCGAGGAUGUUGAUGAAGCGACUAAAAUGAAGGAUGAUGCGGAUUUAGCUGUACUGUUGUAUAGAAAGUUAAAGAGGAAGAGGUACCUAAUUGUUUUAGAUGAUCUUUGGGAUAUCAAGGCUUGGGAUGACUUGCGGAGGUCGUUUCCAGAUGAUGAUAAUGGUAGUAGAAUACUGGUCACAAGUCGACUGCAACAUUUGGCUUCACAAGUUGAAUCUGAUACGAAGCCUGAUAAUCAUCCUACUCCUCUUCGUUUUUUCACUGUUGAAGAAAGCUGGGAGUUAUUGCAAAAAAAAGUUUUUGCAACAGAUUGUUGUCCCCGAAAUCUGAAGGAACCUGGAAUGCGAAUUGCAAGGAGUUGUCAUGGACUUCCUCUUGCUGUUACACUGGUAGCUGGGAUUCUGGCUAGGACAGAAAAGAUAGAGUCUUGGUGGAACGAAGUCGCGGAGAGCAUAAGUUCAUAUAUUGUUGAUGACCCCAACCAGUGCAGAGUCAUUUUGGAGUUGAGUUAUAAGCAUUUACCCGAUUACUUAAAACCGUGCUUUCUUUAUUUUGGUGAAUUUCUAAUGCAUCCUCACAUUCCUGUCCGGAAAUUGAUAUGGCUGUGGAUUGCGGAAGGGUUUGUUUCAAAAACAGAAGGCGAGAGUUUUGAGGAUAUAGCAGAGGACUACUUAACAGACUUGAUAGGAAGAAGCCUGGUCAUGGCAACAAAAAAGAGCACAAAUGGCUCCGUUAAAGUCUGCCGCGUUCAUGAUUUGUUGCGUGAAUAUUGCAAGAGAAAGGCUGAAGAAGAUAACUUUUUUGAGCUUCUAUAUAAGAAGGACAAAUGCACUUACCGUGAUGAUUUAGAUGAUAUUUUGGAGUCAACAUACUCUCUAUUUCCUGAAGAACCGCGUACCACACACACUCGAGGUCGGCUAUGCAUCUAUUCUCAAAGGGAGAGUUUUGUCAAGUCUAAGUCAUCAGGACCACAGGUUCGCUCUUUGUUAUUCUUUCACAUUAAUGAAAUAUCCUCGAUAAAGUCAUAUGAUAUCUCUCCUAUAUGUCUCGGUUUUAGAUUACUUAGAGUGUUGGAUUUGGGGUGCAUUAAUGUUGGAAAUUCUUUUCCUCGAGAUAUUGAGCUAAUGGUCCUACUAAGGUACCUAUCCCUUCAAGGCAACAUGAGGUCUGUCCCAUCAACAAUAUUUAAACUCAUAUACCUUGAAACUUUUCUGCUGAAAGCCUUCAAGGGUGAAGUUUGUUUACCAUACACUAUUUGGACACUUUCAAAACUGAGGCAUCUUCAUAUCGAUGCACGUGCUGUUUUUGGCUUGGAUGGCUAUAACGGAUGGAACUUAAUCCUACUAGAAAACCUGCAAACCGUUUCCACCCCGUCACUUAUCUAUGAAAAAGAUCGCACCAUGGAUCCUAAUGAAGUAAUGAGAAGGUUAGCUAAUCUUCGAAAAUUGAGAUGCAUAUCAAUGGACUCAGAUGACUGCUAUUACUUUCCAUCACUGGUUUCUUUGAGUCAACUUGAAUCAGUCAAGAUAUUACACUAUGGUCAGUCGUCGCUCUCUUCUUGUAGGUUCAACUUACCCUCAAAUCUCAGAAGACUAACAUUGUCAAAGUUUCGGCUACCAUGGAGUGAAAUUUCAAGAAUUGGUAGAUUACCACACCUUGAGGUCCUCAAGCUACUUUGCCAAUCCUUUGAGGGCUCACAAUGGGACAUGAGAGAAGGAGAGUUCCUGAAGCUAAAAUUCUUGAAGUUAGAUUCAUUGAACAUUGAAAAAUGGAACAUCUCCUCUGACUGCUUACCUUCCCUUGAGCAUCUUGUUCUGCGGAGUUGUAAGAAAGUGGAGGAGUUUCCUUCGUGCUUAGGCGAUAUUCCAAUGCUACGGAGCGUUGAGCUACAUUGGUGCAGUCUCUCUGCUGUGAACUCGAUUGUCUUAAUUCAGGAAGAGGUACUUGAGUAUACUGGAGGUGAGGGGUUCAAGGUCCAUGUGUACCCUCCAGAUUUGGAUUCCAGAUCUUCUCCUGAGGACCAUAGUGACUGAGAGAGACUGGAACACUGAGGCAACUUUGUCCAUCUUGUUCUAAAAAGUUAAGGUAUGAUUAUAUUUUACCUAACAUGGCAUAGAGAAACAGGUAUGUCACAUGGUUCUUUACUACUUCCAAAACUACCAAAAACUUAAGAGUCCUUCAUUUUCAAAAAGUUGUUAUUGCUUUCUCAUCAACACUGAACCACUCCAUCAUUAUGUUUCCUGUCAGAUACAGUCCUCAUACGUUUCAUCUUCUUCUUUUUCCUCCUUAAAUACGUUUCUCUCAUCUCCUUUGUCAUUCAUUCCCUCUCCAACCACUUCAUAACUAAGAAUAACUUACUAUCUCUCCCUUAUAAAUGGCAUCCUCAUCAUCCUCCCCAUCCUCAGAAUAUGUUACCAUCCUUCACUGCCAUUAUUAUUCAUCCAUAUGCAAACUCACCACCUCUCUUUCCUCCUACAAUCUCUAUUAAACUAUUCGAUUUUGCAGCCUUUAGAAAUUUCAAAAACCCAUGUUCCUAAUUUUCUUUAACUCCUUCGUCCUCCCCUAAACCCUCCCUACUACAUCCGAUUCCUCUCUAAAUUCUUGACCCUGACGAUGAACCUAUUGCUAAUUUUAUCCCAAGAAGGUCAUGAUUUAAAAGAAAACCUUUUUCCCCUACCACUUUUGUUGAAGAUCAAGAUCUGGGUAAACCCACCCCUAUUAAACCCAUUCCUAAAACUCCUCAUACCCAUCAUAGGAAACAUCAGGAAGAAGCAUCCCUUGCAAAAUCUCUCUAAGAAAGUAAGAGAAAAUGGGAAGAAGCAUCCCUUGCAAAAGCUCUCCAAGCAAGUAAGAGAAAAUGAGUUGCUACAUCUUAUCCUCCUUCUCCACCUCGUUCCUCAUCUUCUGAUAUUCUUCUUCGCUUAGUUUGUAAGAAGAAUAUGAUCAUAGCAAAAGCAACAAAACCCUCUUCUUCUUAUAAACCUUCAUCUCAGCCUAAAACUACCCCUACCUCACAAACUCCCUCAUUUUUCAAACCCACUCCAAAGAAAUCAUCCAACCGUCUAAAGAAACAGGUUACCAAACCUGUUCCAUUCAACUCCUCUAAUUUUGAGUCAUUCUCUAUUGCUCCCCCUGCACCUUCUACUGAUAUUGAUCUCAAUUUUUAUUUUUAUUUUGAUAAGGAUACUCCUGCUGAUCGUGCCUCUCAGUCCUCUCAUAUCAUACACUUCCAAAAAUAAAAUUUAGCUAAGGGAUAUAUGGUCACUAGAUUUAGGGGUCCUGAGAUGGAUAUCUUGGUAUCCAAAUUGGAAAUUCAGGGGUGGUCACACUUGUUUCUUCAAGAUGAUCACCAAUGUAAGUUUGGAAAAAAUGAAGUUUAUGAGUUUUAUACUAAUGGGGGGUCUCUCUUGGGGAAAUGUUCUCCACCACUAUUAGAGUAGUUACUAUUAAUCUUGUUUCUACUGAUCUUUCUCAAAUCCUGAGCAUUCCUACUAGGGGUUGGGGUCAUUAUGUCAAGGUCACAUGACCUCCACUUGAUAAUCUAGCCUCUGCCCUUGAUAUAUCUCAAAAAUUUUCUGGAAAUUCUCUUCUUGCAAAUCAUUGUAGAGUUCUUAAGCAUGAAAUGUCCCCACUCCAUCAGCUCUAUUUUGAUGUUGUCCAUAAAAUACUUAUUCCUCAGCAAGAAAGAAGGACUUUAGCAAAUUUUCUUGACCUCACUCUCAUGGAACUUCUUGACUCUGAAGUGAGUAUUAAUCUACCUUGCCUUAUGAGUCAGCACAUGCAAAGGGUCAUACUUUAAGAUGUGAAUGGCCACGCCUUGCCAUAUACUUUCUGGCUCACUCCCAUUUUUUAGGCCUACAAUAUCCCUAUUCAAGUAUAGUCUCUACUGACCACUAAGGAUGUCAUUAGGACUGUGAACCAUAUAGGGUUGCCUGUUUCCAUAAGGAGUGUUGAUAACCCUCUGCAACGGUUGUAAAAUGCACUUGCUGCAAAGACUGCAGAACUGGAAGUUGUUCAAGCUAAGUUAGAUGUUGCUCAGGUUGCUCAUGAUGCUGAGAAGAUGGAGCUUCUGGCUUAAAUUGCCUCUCUUAAGGACACUAUAGAACAUGAAUGCUCUGAAAAUAUUGAUAUUGUUCAAAAAUUGACCUCUCUUAUCCCCUCCUCCUCAUCUACUUAGUUACCUACAUAGUGCCUUAGGACUGUCUCAUUUGUUUUUUUGCCUAUGUGGCCUGUUAUCUCUUUUGUUGUUUUGGGUAUUAUUAAUUGCAUCUUGUCUUUUAAUAAAAUGGACUUACUUGCCUUAUUGUGUUCUACUUCUAUUUUUUCAUACCGCAUAACUGUUCUUUUACUCUAGGUUUUGUUUGUUUUAGUGAUAGCCCUAGUGGCCAUGGAUUAUUAAACACUUUUUACUUUUUGGGCCCAGCUUUUUAAUGAUGUCAAAAGGGGGAAGAAUAGAUUAUACAAUGGUUAUAGCUCAAAUGACUAACCUGUUUCAUUCUUUAUUCCUUUGUCUAAUUUCUUUAUUGAGAAUGUCAGGAUUUUGUGAUAGAUGUUGUGUUUGUCAUCAUCAAAAAAGGGGGAAUUUGUUAGGUUACUAAAGUUUUGAUAAUGUACAUAUGAAUGAAACAUGUUGUGCAAGAUGGUCCACACAAGUGCAGAAAGAACAGUCGCAGGCAAGAGUACUGAUAAGAUAAACAUGUGUAAAGCAAGGAGUAGAUAAGCAAGGAGAUUCUGAUAUGCUCUCAACACUUAUCACAUGCAGAAAAAGGGAUAAAAAGAUGAAGAUAAAUCCAACACUUAGAGAUUGAGUUGAUCAAGGAGUCCAGCCAGACUAGGGGAUGAAGUAGAAGAGUCCUAUUCAGUCAAGGUAACGGACAGCUGCAACAAAGAGUGAAACUACCUGGUAGAGUCCUAUUGAAGAUAGAAGAAUACAUCAUCUAAAGGAUUCAAUCAGGGGUUGGCUUAAAUACAACAAAUUACAUUCAAGUGUUUCACUCAAGCAGUAAUAAAGAAAAUAACAAUCAGCAAAUCAUUCCACCAAACUUGAAGAAGAACCUGGUCCUUACUUAGUAAGUCGUAGACUUUGUAGCAGGUUGGUUCUUUGAGUUAUAUAUUUCAUUUCUAUUCUCGGUGAAAUAUAAACUAAGUUAGGAUUUGUGUCUUUAAGUUGGGGAACUUGAAGACUUGGGUACAUAUAUCUUAGGAAGAUUUGUGUUAUUGUAGAAAUAGGAGUUAGAACCUUUAAUUCCUAUUUUACAAGAAGUCUUGUAAUUUGUUUAUUGUUGAGGUUCAAGAGUAUUAGUGAAGUUGGGGUUAAAUCCUGUAGAGUUACAGGUCGUGGUUUUUUACAUCUUUCUUGAGCCGAGUGUUUUCUACG